AUGGAACACAUAAUUCCAGAUUCCGAAUUCCAUUACAUAACAACACUGAUUAAGACCGCUUUCAACGAAAUUGACAGCACACUGAAAAGUGAUAUAAAAAGCUCUACUUCUAAUAACACAUUGAAUGAAAAGAAACGGUCAGCUGAGGAAGUCCUUUCCAUUACUUUGUCUUAUAAUCUCCAAGAUAGUGUUCCUCUUCACGAGAAUGUCAAUUUAUAUAAUCACGAUAAUUCAUCAAUCGAAGUUAAACACUUUAUUAAAAAGAUGAAAGAUGUCAAUGAUCGUCUUUUCAAUUAUAAUGUUGUGACAAG